UUAGUCCAAGCUGCCAGUUUCUUGAAACUGAAGAUUUUUCUCUUCCCUUCAAGAUUAUUGUAACAUUAGCAAGUGAAGUUUUAAAAUCUCAAUUGUUGCUGUGAAUUUCAUUACACGAAGGCACAGAAGAGUGCACUGGAAAUAUGGUGGAUUUACGAAACUUCACCCAGAUAUUGGAAGAUGUUUUCAAAAACACAUUUCUUAACUACAUGAAUAACUGGCGCCGGAACAUGACAGAGGAACAAGAUGCGCUGCAAGCGACAGUUGAUGCAGAAAACUUUGAUUACGUUAUCUUGUACCUCAUUGUAAUGAUUGGAAUGUUCUCCUUCAUUAUUGUGGCUAUCCUUGUGAGCACGGUGAAGUCAAAGAGGAGAGAGCACUCUAAUGACCCGUAUCACCAGUACAUUGUUGAUGAUUGGGGUGAAAAAUAUAAGAGCCAGAUUCUGAAUCAAGACGACUUGAAGUGUACAAUCCAUGAAAACAUCAGUGUAAGGGAGAAAACAACCCCUAGAUUGCCUUGAUUUCUUGGAGAUCAAGGCAAACAAACCAUAAAGCCAUGUACGUAAUGUACUGUUUUCACUAGGAUUCUGAAUUGCCAUCACAUUGUCUGAUAAAUAGCCAGAGAUGUCUAGGUAUAGAUCGUUCCAGAGAAAUUAAAUCUACUCCUUCACUGUGAGAUUUUUGGGUGAGGCUACUUAGUCGGCCAUCCGAGAAAGAGAAGUAUUCAUACUCUAGUUUGAUUUUCUAUUCUGCUUGACACUAGAGAGGCAUGAAAACACCUAACAAAAAUUGCCCCCAAACUAUGGGCAGAUUUAAAAUCUGGAUGUGGAUCUGACUCUGAAUAUCCCAAAUCGAAAUAAUGGACAAAACCAAAUCCCCAGAU